AUGUCUUCACCCUCACGCACGGCAUCAUCAACAAAGGAAACAGCCACCUUAAAUUCAGCAUCAGAAAUUGAUCCUUUAUUACCAUUAAACAAAGAUCAAACAAGUCAACAACCAUCUACUACUCAAUAUUCAAGUAUUCCUUCAAAUUUAGCCUCAGAGCAAGCCACCACAAAUCUUGAAACAGCUGCAAAUGAUGUUUAUGAAGCACUAGUUGAGAAUGAUACAGAAUAUGAUGAAGAUGAACAUAAUGAAGACGUUAUUUGGUUAAGAGAACAAAGAUUAUUAAAUAAAACUAUGCAUUGGUUGAAAAGACCGAGUGUAUUAAUGAUUUCUUCAAUUACAUUUUUAUUAGCAUUUUCAGUAUCAAGUGCUGAAUCCACUAGACAAAUUAUAACUUUAAAAUUAGCUUGUAAUUCUUUGGGGACAAAUAAAUGUACAAAAGAUUCAGCACAAAUAUUAAUGUCAGAUUUACAACUCGGUUAUACUAUUACAGGAGCUAUUAUAAUGUUAAUAUCAUCUGGAAAAGUAGCACCAUUAAGUGAUUUAUAUGGAAGAAAAAUCUUCAUAGUUGCGACUUUAACUUGUUUCUUUUUGGGAAAGUGUAUUAAAUUUUUAUUAAUGUAUAAUUUUGAGACUUUAAAGUUUUACCCAAUGAUUGCAAGUGAAGCAUUGACAAAUUUGUGUGGUGGAUUAAUGGCAAUUAUAGCUUUGAGUAAUUGUUAUAUCUCGGAUGUUGUUGAACCCCAUCAAAGAAUUUAUUCCUUGGGUAUAAGUAUUGCAGCUAUGUUUGUUGGUUUGAGUAUUGGUCCACUAUUUGGUAAUUUGGUAACAUCAUUAACUACUAAAUUUGCAAAAGGUAUUGAAAUUCCUACUACCGAAUUUAUACCAUUGAAAAUUGAACUAGUAUUUAUACUUUUUGAUGUUUUGAUCGCAGUUUUUAUCUUACCCGAAUCUAGAUCAAAGAAAGCAAGAAAAAAAUCUAGAUCUUUAUCGAGGUCUUCAAGUCAGGUCAAUCUACAAUUACAACAACAACAAAAACAUGAACAACCAUCAUUUUCAAGAAGAUUCAUCAAUCAGAUCAAUUUUUUAAAACCAAUCAAAUUAUUAUACUUACCACGAGACUUGGUGAAUGAACAAAAUAGACAUCGUAUAAAUAGAGAUAGAUUUGCAAUCAUAGUUUUAGUAUUAAUUGAUUGCAGUUUGACAACGCUAGCUAUAUCGUUUGGUGAGAUUUAUUUAUUAUAUGGAAUAUAUAAUUAUAAUUGGGAUCAAAGUAACAUAGGUCAGUUAUUAGCAAUCGGAUGUGCAAGUAAAGCCAUUGUGUUAAUCAUCUUGUCACCAAUGAUUAAUCACAAAAUAUUACAACAUGGGUUUGGGUUUAAAGUAUUCAAAAAACAAAUUGAUAUGGUAGAUUUUUCAAUGUGUUUGCUUGGAUUAUGCUGUGAAGUAAUUGGCUUUUUCGGCUAUAGUAUUGCUCCAUCAACUACAGUGUUUUUCAUAUUUACCGUAUUUUGUGGAUUUGGUACACUUAUAAGUCCAGCUGUAAAUUCAUCAAUUGUAAAAUUUUAUCCUGAAUCCAAAAUUGGAGAAUUAUUUGGUGCAAUGGCAUUAGUCAAAAAUUUGUUUGCAUUGGUUUCACCAAUAUUUUAUUUAUCAAUUUAUAAAUAUUCAAUAAAAACUUUACAUAAACCUGGGCUAGUGUUUGUUGUAGCUGGUACAGUUUUGUUCAUUUGCACAUUAAUGUUAAUUACUGUUAAGCGUGUAUUAAAGUUAGAUAAAAAUACUGAAGCAUUUGUUCCAUCAAGAAGUAAUUCGUUUGUUGAAUUUGAUCAAACUAGACCUCCGCCAUCACCAGAACAACUUCAACAUAGAGGCAGUUUCAGUGAGUUGCAUAAAAAGAAUAGUUUUGUACAGAAAGAAAGGACUGGCCCUUAA